AUGUGUCUCCGGGCUGUACGUGGACAAUGUUUCCGACACAAGGUGGACCAUAGCGUCGACCAAUUGAUCGACGAUUGCGACCAUCCGUCAUCUUUGCAGCCCACGUUAUCGGUGUCGGUUUCCAGUUGUAGAUGGUGUCCAAAUUCCAUGGCUACAAUGUCCCGGAGAACCGACUGGACGGUCGUCUCGAUUUGGCUGGAGCGGAAACCACUGUCUCGAUGA